UAAAAAGAGUUUACUUACAAGACAUCCUGAGUUAACAGCAUAAUCUCAGAAAGGCAGGCUUGCUUAGAAAAAGUAAUAUAUACAGUGGUACCUCGACUUAUGAAGACGAUCCGUUCCGCGGCCGUCUUCGUAAGUCAAAGUCUUCGGUUCUCGAAGCACCUGUUCUGCACAUGCGCAAAGCACGAUUUCGCACUUCUGUGCAUGUGCAGAACGCACACGGCAAAAAGACUUCUGGGGUUGUCGACUUCGGAAGUCGAAACCUUCGGAAGUCGAGUCGUUCGGUUGUUGAGGUAUCACUGUACAUGUGAAGUCCACUCAUAUGGGGUGAGACUCCAUUUUCUCUCUCUUGGCUGGAAGCCGAGAGAGAGUCUCUCACUAAGAUGUUGCUUCUCUUAAGUCAGAAUCCAAAAAGAGAGAAAUGGCCACUGGCCAGUGAAUUUACUUGGCAGCUUACCCAUCUCAUUUGCAUGUAGAGGAAGUCCAUCCCAAAUCAAUGACAGGAAACUGACCUGGUCAGGUGUUCCUCCAUGUGGUCACUCUAGGAAAUGUUGUGACUUGACUGCAUCUAGUUUUACAUCCCACAGAAAGGACAUCCCAUCUGCAUGCCCCCUCUGACUGCCUCUUUCCUGGUCUCUUUCAGAGGAGCUGAGGUUUUCGGUCCCACAUCCAGAACAAGCGUCACACUCAGAAUCCCCCUUAUUUGGAGAGGAACAAAGAAGCAUGCAGGUGGAGAACCCAGAAGGUUCUGGGGAGAUUAUCACAGGCAACUGGUGUCUCAGUGAGAGGGAAGGAAGCAUGAAGAUGGAUAAUCCAGCAGGUCCUGAGGAAAGUGUGCCGUGUGGCCAGUGUCCCAGUGAGGAUCUUCCAGAAAAAAUAAAACCAGAGGUGGUUUGGGACUCAGAAAGGGGCCAUGAAGCUUACAGAGUGUGCUCCACUGAAGCUGGCUCCUUCCAUUGUGGUGAUACUGAUCUCAUAUGUGAAGUGAGAGAAGCUGUGACUAUAACAUACUACUUUGAUUCAUGGCCAAAGCUCCUGGAAGAACAGAACACUGAGGAGUGGCAGGUCGCUGGCCCUCUGUUCAACUUCAAAGUGGAUGCAGCAGAGGCUGUGACAGCCGUUUGCAUCCCACACUCCUUGUGCCUUGAAGGUGAAGACAGUUCCCAUGUCUACAUUGCACAUUUUGUUGAAGGGGAGAUGAGGCUGGAGAAGCCAGACAGAGUGGAGCCUCAUCAUGCUGUGUUGGAAAAUCCCAAGUUCUCUUCCCUUGGAGUCAUUUUCAAAAAGUGGUUUAAGCAAAAGAUCAACACAGUCGUACUGCUCUAUCAUAGGCUUCAGCUGGAAACGCCAACAUUUCACCUGUACGUCCUGCCCAAUGACCCUUCGAUAAUAAAGGCAGUCACUGACCGUGAGGUAAAUUCGAAAAGAAUAGAGAAACCCCCUGUGACCCUGAAACCUCUGACAAUUGGCUCUCAGGUCUCUUUGAUGACUCCAGAGGAUGUCACAGUGACUCCUGAGGAGCUGAAUUUUCAAUACCUGGAUGCAGAGAAACUGCAACAGUACGUAGAACUGUCUGCUGAACAAAUGCAAGACAAGUUCAACUUCUACCUGAUGAUGAAGGGAACGACUAAAGUCGUUUGGAAGGCCCAUUUGAAACGAAAUGAGUUAAAUUCAGAGGAGAUGGAUUCUCCUAUUAUACACCCAGCACAAGGGCUGCCACUUCGAAACUCUUCCAAAAUGCACUUCAUCGAACGGCACAGGAAAGCGCUGAUCCAACGGACCAUCUCAGUGGAAUCAGUGCUGGAUAUAUUGUAUGACUCUGUCCUUACUAACGAGCAAUACCAAAAAAUCACUGCCAAGGAAACUAACCCAGAGAAGAUGCGAGAGCUCUACAAGCUUGUGCCAAGCUGGGACCUCCAGUGCAAGAAUGUGCUGUAUGAGGCACUGAAGGCCGAAGUCCCACACCUUGUGGAAGACCUGGAAGGGCAAUGAGGCCCCAAGGGAAGGCAGAAGGCAAGACCCUUUUCAAGGCACCAGAAAUCCACCUCCUUAUUGCUAGGGGACUCCUGCAGACAAAGCCGUACCAUGUCUUCUCCCAAGCACUCACUAUGCAUACCCUCCAAUAUUCCCAUGAUAAGAACUGGAGUGUGCUUGGAGGAGGCUGCUCUCUACUCUGUCAAGCAUGAAGCCCCACCCCUUUGCUCCCGUAGGCAGUUGCCCAGAUACCGUUCCCAUCCCCACUUCUCAUGACGUUCUGCGGUAGACUGAGAGGCACUCUUGCAUGGAGCUCUAGCACCACCGCUCCCUAUGAUCAGCUUUAUUUCUCUCCCCCACUUUCCCCACUCAUCAGGGCCUUCAGCUUUGUUGGCGCUGAUGUCAUUGGGAAUGGAUACUGGUGGG